AUGGCACCCAAAAGCUCUAACCCAUUCUUCGCGGCAAGACAACAGGCCAGUGAGCUAGCGACGGAAUACUAUGCAGCUGCGCUCUGUGGGCUCAUAGCGAUCUUCAUCAUCACUCACUGGGUACGCUUGUUCGCUAUCAAGAAUAAGCUGCCAAAGACAUUGGUCAAUGUCUUAUCACCUCUGGCAGGCAUAUCAAGACAAGCGCGACGAGUCUUCAUUAGGAAACUACCUGGUUUCACCUCGAUGGGACAUGGAAUUCUUGUCUUUCUCUACGUGGCUAUUAACGUAGUGCUUUCUUUUGUCGGAAUUGACGUCAGCGGUCCAACCAACUUCGCGGCUAGAUUCGGAUGGAUGGCAGCCGCCAACUUUACCUUCGUUGUGUUCUUGGCACUCAAGAAUACACCGUUGGCUAUCCUGACCUCCUACUCAUACGAACGUCUCAACCCUUUGCACCAGAUAGCGGGGUAUACCACCAUUGUAUACAUGAUCCUGCAUUCCGUGAUAUAUUGUGUUUACUUCAUUCAGAAACAGAGAUGGGACAUUUUGCACGAAGACUUCACCACCGCUGGGAUUGUGCUGGGAUUUGCGAUGUUCGCUAGCGGCGUUGAGGCUCUAGUAUUACGCAGGCUACAGUACGAGCUGUUCUACGUUUUCCACAUCGUCCUAUUCAUGAUGAUGGUUGUAACCUUGGCAUUGCAUCGCCCCGAGCUGGAGGCAGAAAAGGUUGGGAUGGUUGCCUGCAUAGCUGCAGGCAUCUGGGCAUUGGACCGACUCAUUCGCUUUUCUCGACUGCUUUACAACGGAAUCAACAACGAGGCCACAGUUCACCCGCUCCCCAACGGUGGAACCCAGAUACUUUUACGCAAGCCCCUGCCUAGGUCCAGGCCUGGUGCUCAUUGUUUUGUCUGGCUUCCCAAGGUCCGGCUCUUCGAAACGCAUCCGUUCACCAUUGUGGCGACAUCUCCGACCGAACUGAUCGUCAACACGUAUAGUGGCUUCACAAGGGACCUCCACAAAUACGCAUUGAAGAAUCCCGGUGCUAGCCUACGAGUAUCCCUUGAGGGCCCUUACGGAACUUUCCCCGACCCUAUCGACUUCGACAAGGUGGUGCUGGUCGCGGGUGGUUCAGGAGCCAGCUUCACCUUUGGCUUGGCAUCAAACAUGCUUUCGAAGAUGACAGAAACCUCAGAUAAACAGAUCGACUUUAUUUGGACUGUUAAGGAGAGAGAUAAUCUAUCGUGGUUUGCUGAUCAUCUGAAUGCGAUACGCACGCAUACGCAUGCCCCGAAGGUUGCUCUGAAAGUACACGCCACGAGGUCUGCACCAAGUACCCCGGCCGUCACAGAGAAACCCUCCACGCAAUCAUUGCAGCCCACCGUGGGUUCGAUGUCAUCUGCAGACCUAGCGCCCAUGACACCGGUAUCUGAAUUGGAAAAGGAGGGCAGGCUUGUCCAUCCCGAGGACCUACCAGCUAUUGUUCCUCCGGGUGAAGAUCCCGAGAAGGAUGGCCUUAGAGCGGUCAUGUGCCACAUGGGUCGUCGAACUAUCACAACGGGCUCUAUCGAUAUGCCGGUUGAGGAGGGACGACCAGACGUGGUGGCGCUGCUUCAAGAAGCAGUCAAGUCUUCCGGACGGGAUAAACGGAUCCUGAUCGCUGCAUGUGGUCCCGAUGGGCUCAUGAAGGCCGUGAGAAAUACAGCUGCAGGCCUCAUCACGAAGGACGGUCCAUCUAUCGAGCUUCAUUGCGAGCAGUUCGGAUGGUAG